AUGCUCAGUGAGCAUUUCGCAGCAUCCGUGUCGGCGGCGGCAGUCGCGCCCAAAGCUGCCUCCAACAGUGUCAAGGAUGUAGGAAUUUCCAUCUUCGAGAGCCAACCGCAUUCGGGUCAAAGAGCGAGCUUCAAAAAGAGCAACACAGCACCCAAUUGUCUAGCCGUCAGCGCCUCGCACGUCUUCGCUGCCCAGGCCGACAAGGCCGUCGUCAAUGUCUACAAUCGCGAAAAGGGAAACCAAGAGGCAACCGUGCCCUUUCAAGAGAGGAUAACAUGUUUGGCUCUGGCCUGUGACGAUACCGUGCUGGUCUUGGGUACUCAGACUGGUCGCAUCUUUGCUUGGGAAACACACACUGGUCGCGUCGUCAUCACAUCGCAGGCCCACCUGCAACAAGUCACUGCCAUUGUCGUUGAUCCUACUUCGAACUUCGUCUUGUCCGCCUCGGCUGAUGCCUCGAUUCACGUCUGGUCGCUGCCCUCGUUGCUCUCUUUUACCAAUGUCGCCCUGCAAGGCCAGCACUCUCCGCUACACACCCUCUCAGGUCACCGUGCCGCUAUCACAUCGCUGGUCCUUGGCCACAGCGCUGGCUUCUGCAACAUUGCCGUCUCGGCGAGCGCCGAUCAGUCAUGUAUAGUCUGGGACUACCACGAGAACCAGCUCUUGCGCACCGUCCUGCUGCCAGAAGUUCCUCGAUGCUUGGCUCUCGAUCCUGCUGAUCGUGCCUUCUACACCGCAUACGAUGAUGGCAGCGUCCAGAUCGUCGACUUCUACAGCGGUGCUUUCUCCGCUGCAAAUCCUAAUUCGGCACAGCACCCACUAUAUGAUCCUGCCCAAGCUGCCAUGCCCGUUCAACCUCCUCCGCAAACCCGCUGGACCCCACCUUCGGCUGAUCAAGGAGCUGCGCUGAGUGCUAUCCUCAGCUACGAUGGAAGUAUGCUCAUGACUGGCCAUGCUAACGGAAACGUUCUUGUAUGGGAUGUGCCUCUCGGUCGAUACUCAUCCACUUUCACCUCCGCACCCAUGAUGGGACCUGUUUCGAAUCUCGUUACCUUGCCUGUUCAAGGCUUCCCCGACAUUCAACCUGCGCUUCUCAAUCAAGUCACCAUCGUCAAGCCCAAACACGCCGCUUUCGAUAAGGCCGAUCUUGACGGUGCUAUCCCAGGGAACUACAAUUUGAGCUUGCAAUUCUCACGCCAGCUCCCUAUGCCUCACAUCUCUGCAUCCAAGAAACAGCCUGCUGUGGUCGAUUCAGAAUUCCUCACUGCUCUCACACAUCCAGUAUUCCCUGAGUCAUUACUUGCCGACUCACUCGCCGAGCUCGCCAGCUGGAACGGAUCCACGAAGCCUCAGCCUGAAGCUUCGGAUUCUGCCGACUUUAUGUCUCUUGACGCACCUGCAUCCACCUCAGGACCAAGUCUUGAACAACAGAAUGAGGCACUCAGAGCCGAACUCGCUGCUUUGAAGCGGGUCCAGAGGGCUAGUCUGAUGCAAAUGGAAGCACUGCGAAAAGAGAAGGUUGAGCUGCUAGCCAAGAUCAGGCAGGAUGUCGACGACAACAUGGAGGAAGAGGUGCACGAGAACGAAAAGAGCGAAAGAGCAUGGUCAAGGCUGGCCGAAACAGGCGAAUACGUUGAAACUGAGGACGAGUCGGAUUCGGAGUAA